AUGUCGAACUCCUCCAACUCUGAGCCCAAGUUCUCCACGCAGGUGGAAGAUCCCUCCAAGCCCGACGCCCCCAAGCACCAGCACGGACUCUUCGAGGCGGCCAAGGACAAGUUCUCGGCCCACCAGGCCAACCCCGGCCCGGUCUUGCUGAACAGUGCUGGCGGCGUACCGCAGGAGGGCACAAAGGAGGAGAGACGGGCAAAGGCGGAGGCGCUGAACAAGGACAAUUAG